AUCGUAAAAACACUCAAAGCACUACAGGAUUUGGAUAUGUCACUGGAUAUUCUAGUGGAAACUGGCAUAGGCAAAACAGUUAACAGUUUUAGGAAACAUGCCGCUGCUGGCCAUGUGGCUAAAACCCUGGUAAAACAAUGGAAAAAACUUUUUCUUCCAGAAAAUAAAAGUGGUAACAGAGGAAGAAAACAAAAUACUGAAAAAGAAAAAGAUAUGGCAAAAUCUUCUGUUUGCAAGGAGAUGAAGCCUUCAGAGAAGCCCAGAGCAUCUGUACUGGCCUCCAGAAGUUCUAAUAGUGCUGCUGUUUCUAAAAAGUUGAAUAAAGAGUGUGCUUGUAGUGAAAAGACCCACCGAAGUAGAGAUUCUGAGUCUCAAAAAGAACGUGAUAAUAAAGGAUGUAGCAGCAGUGGUUCUAAGCAUGCUUCUCAGGAUACCAAUCCUCAAGCUAAGGAAAGUGACUUCAAAAAGAGAACCCCCACAGACAGCAAGAAAGUUUCAGAAAAGCAGCAUUCCUCUGUAGCCAAUAAAGACUUACCACCCCAGAAGGAAAAGCCUAGUAAGGAUGCUUCCAAACGGAGAAAUCCUAAGCAUGUGAAGAAACCAAACCAAAAACUUGUUAUAGAAAGCAAAACUGAAUUAUCUAGUGAUGAGGAAUUUGAGCCCCCUACUAUGUCUUUUGAAUCUUAUCUUACUUAUGAUCAAGUUACCAAAAAAAGGAAGAGAAAGGCUUGUUCUACAGGUGAACAGCGAAAGAAGUGCAGUGAACAGAAGAACAGCUCGUUACCACAAAAGACUUCAACAUGUUCUCAUGCAAAAGAGAGAGAGGAAGAUGUAAAAAAAUGUGAGGAUGAUCAAUCAGAAACUCCCAGUAAAAAGGCCAAGGUGACAUCCCUUCAAGAUCUUCUUAAUACUCCACUGCCUAAAUUUCUGACAGGCCUCUCGAUUUCAUCUCCCCCGUAUGCUGCAGAUUUUAAAGCACCAACAGUAGAAGCGCCCCAGCAAGUCAGUGAGACAGUUCAAUUCACAGGGCGGAGACUGAACUCUAAAAUGCAAGUUUACUCUGGCUCUAAAACAGUCUGUCUUUCCAAGAUGCUCACGCUGUAUGAACAGUGCAUCCGUGUGCUUCAAAAUAAUAUUGAUUCGCUACAUGAAGUAGGAGGUGUGCCUUUUGAAAUUCUUGAGCCUGUGCUAACACGUUGCACACCAGAGCAAUUGUUUCGAAUAGAGGAAUGUAAUCCGAUGUUUGCAGAAGCAUCUGACCACUUGUGGAAGAAACACUGCCAGAGAGACUUUAAAAAUGAGAGCCUCCUGGAAUGUGAGUCUUGGCGGGAAAUGUACUUGAGACAGUCUAACCAGAGAGAAGAAAAACUGAAGGCGCUUACAAAAAAUAUUCUUUCAGCUCAGUCUGAGAAACCAAAAGGCAGGCAAGUAAAAAUGGCGUACAUGAGCAGUGCAGCAAAACCACCCAGGAACAUUCGCCGACAGCAACAAAUCCAUGGGACAGCAGGACCCAGCACCCAGCUUCAUCCCAUAGAGAAGUGCAAAGUAAAGGUUUCAGAAAGCAGAGACAGAAAUAACAUGCCAUCAAAUUCGAUCCCUGCUAGCAACAAUGGAAGUUCUAGCUCAAGCAUGACUCAGGAUGGAAAGAAGCCUAUCAAAAAAGUUGCACCAAUCAUGAGGAAAACUUUGAAAGCAUUGAAGAGUAGAGCUGGGCGACGGUAA